AUGCCUGUCGUUCGCGACCUUUGGGCGCUCCGAUUGGAGACAUACGCCGAAAAGAUUAAUGAUCCUUCAGAGCAAGAUGAGGAGCCCGAGUUCUUCAGUUCGCAAGUAACCUCGGGGCUUGAUGGCGCCGAGGACAUCAAGUUCAGAGGAAGGCAGGCUACAUGGCCUCGCCUUAUUGAUAGCAUUGCUCUGUGCUAUCUAGGUGCUCUGUUAAUGAGGCUGCCGGUGGGUGUUGGGGAUUUUUAUCGCAUGGUUAUGCGUGGCGAGGUUCCUUUCAUCAGAAUUGUAAAGGAUAUUCCUCGGGAGAUGAGAGAUAGACUACCACAAGAGUUCAUUUCCAUACUUGAGACCACGAGGCUACUCCAAGCCGAGCAUCUUCACGGAGCUGUCUCGGACCUUCUGCUGCUUUAUCAUGGCAAAUUCAACAUGCAAUUUCCAUCUUUGAACUGGCCAGUCUUGUUAUAUAAAUACGUCAAGAGACUUGCGCUUCCUCUCGAUAUUUAUCCAGCCGCGAAAAAGUUGCAGCAUCUUCUAGGGUUCAACUUCGAAUUCCCUACAAGCAUAUCUGGAAGGAGAAGGCCCCUCCAACUGCCCGAGCUGCAACUGGUCGCUCUAGUUGUCAUCUCCACCAAGCUUCUAUUCCCAUUUGACGAUGUUGAAAGAUAUCCCACGAACAUAGAAGAGCCCACAGUGCAAGUGAUCGAUUGGAGUCUUUGGUCACAAAUACAGAGGCAUUUUGACAAUCGAGAGACGCCUGCGGGUCAGCUUGGCAAGGGAAAGGAAAUAUUGGUGACUGAGAGAGACGUCUUCAGCAUGACGCCGUCCCAGCUCGACGAGUAUAUGGAUUGGUACGAGAAUAAUUGGCUUGAUGCGAGUAAAGUAUCAAAUCCCCUCGCAGAGCUCUUUCCGACUGGUCCAAGUGCUGGGGAAAGCCAGGCCACAGCUCCUACUCCAGAACUAACAGAUGAGGAAGCUCUGGAUGAAUUGGUCAAGGCGUCCACCAGCCAAUUAAGAGCAAGACAAGUCAUUGCAAAGGAUGACCUGGACACUCCCCGGCCGGGAUGCUCUUACACGCGGUAUCGAACCGAAUCUGAUCUUCCGGAUACUGCGAGGGCCUUCUACGAGACAGCUGCCAAGGUAGUCGGCGUUUCCAUAUCUACAUUGAUCAGGGCUGUAUCACAAGCAGAGAAUCAAAUCAACCGGUGGCUGGAAGAGCAGCGCCGGGUUGAGUACUUUGGAUCGAUGGGCAUGGAAUUCUCUCAGGAGUCCAGUACGGAUUCAGACAAUGACGAAGAGAAAACUUCCGAGAUCGUUAGUCAUAUAUGGUCUAGUGUUAGAUCGAGCAUCAUGAAAGCACAAUCACAACACGGACCGCGGACCACGGACCACGGACCACGGACAGCCUCCAACUUAGGCUACGGGCUAUGGAGACUGCGGAGAGGCCCCGAACGCGGCCGGACUGCCCUAAACCCUGAUCACGUGCGGUCCGUUCCACCUUUGCUAAGCGAGAAAUCGUGA